AUGGCUUCAGCGGGUGCGCGGCGGCUCCCGGCUGGGACGCGCGCGGCAGCCCAGCGCUGCUGCGGCCUCCCGCUCCGGCCGGCCCCGCCCCCGGGCCCUCCACGACCGCCACGACCAAUGAGGUUUCUGAUCUCUUGCAGCCUCUUUUUGCCCCGGCCUGCCCAGAUCCUAGCUUCUGAGGCUGGCUUACCUACCAGCCGUUCCUUCAUGGGCUUUGCUGCCUCCUUUACCAACAAGAGAAAGGCUUACUCGGAGCGUAGGAUCAUGGGGUACUCAAUGCAAGAGAUGUUUGAGGUGGUGUCCAAUGUCCAGGAGUAUCGCGAGUUUGUCCCCUGGUGUAAGAAGUCUUUGGUGGUAUCCAGCCGCAAGGGACACCUGAAGGCUCAACUGGAGGUUGGCUUCCCACCUGUCAUGGAACGUUAUACUUCAGCAGUUUCUAUGGUGAAACCACAUAUGGUCAAAGCUGUUUGCACUGAUGGCAAGCUCUUCAACCACUUAGAGACCAUUUGGCGAUUCAGUCCAGGAAUCCCAGCCUACCCCCGAACUUGCACUGUGGACUUUUCGAUUUCCUUUGAAUUUCGUUCUCUGCUACACUCCCAGCUGGCUACCAUGUUUUUUGAUGAGGUUGUCAAACAGAAUGUUGCUGCUUUUGAGCGCCGGGCAGCCACCAAGUUUGGUCCAGAGACAGUCAUCCCCCGUGAACUGAUGUUUCAUGAGGUGCACCAGACUUGA